AUGCCUAGUGAUCUAAUCAUUGAUAAUUUCUCGGAUGAUAAAGUCUUUGCAGAGCAGCGUUUGGCAGGAUUACAUCCCUUGCAGCUAUCCAGAGUUUUCAAAUCAUCUUGUCCACAGGGUUGGAAAUUAAUUGGUAAACAUUGCUAUAAAGCCUUUCGUCCAUAUCAUUACACAAACUGGCAUAUUGCUCAAUAUAAGUGCAAAUGUAAUCAUGGCCGUUUACCAAUAUUGUCGGAUCCUACGGAAGCUAAACUUGUUAAUAAGUACUUCAAAGCAUGGUACUCACGUGUCUAUGUGGGAGCAAAAUAUGGUAAGUGGCUGGAUGGCACUACCGUUGAAAAUACUUACAACACACCAAGCUACUUCCGAAAGUGCUUAUCAGCUCGUUUUUCGCGAUAUGGCUUGCGCUUGUUUUAUACUAGCUGCUUUAAGCCUGUCUGGAAAGUUGUUUGUCAGAGAGAUGCUAUUUUCGAUGGUACUAAGGUUUCUGAGUUAAAACCUUUCUUAAAUCCUGAUUUUGGUUGGAAGAAUGCUAUUGAGUCCAAAUUGAAUUCGCAAACAUUUGGUAAUACUGUAAAUCAAGCUUUGGAAGAUGGUCGUAUCUUCGUAAUGCAAUUUCCAGAAUUACGAGCACUUCCGCAAGGACCUGACAUCAACGAAGUACCCACUGAUAAUAGAACAAUGCAAAAUACCUCAUCGCCAAUUGCUAUAUUCGUAUCUAAUCCCGAUGUCAAUAAUGGUCAAUUACUGCCAGUUGCAAUUCAGAUGGAUAGCACACCAACGUCCUCAGUUUUUACCCCUGCUGAUGGCGAUAACUGGUCUAUUGCUAAAACUCGAGCUCAAUUAGCGACAUAUGUCUCCAGUCAACUUGUUGAACAUCUCUUAAAAACUCAAUUCUUAAUGGAUCCAGUCUGCGUUGUUGGUAAUCGACACUUGCCCUUAAAGCAUCCGUUACGCCAAAUUUUACGCCGUCAUUGCGUUGGCACGCUUUACGGAAUUGAUAAAUCAGCAACAGAAACUAUCUUACCUUAUUAUCCAUAUCGUGAUGACGGCAAGAAAGUCUUUGAUCUGUUACGAGACUUUACGGAACAAUAUAUUUCAUUAUACUAUGAUAGCGAUGCGGAUGUUGUCAACGAUUUUGAAUUACAAGCCUGGGCUGAUGAGUUGUCCAAUGAGGCAACAGGCACUCCAAACUCCGCAAAUGGCAAGAUAAAAGAUUUUCCUCCAGCGUUUCAAAAUAGACGUCAACUGAUCAAUGCCAUCCACUUGAUUUUAUGGACUGCAUCUGGUCAGCACGCGGCUGUCAAUUAUCCUCUGCUUGAGUAUGCAUCCUUUGUGCCUAAUAUGCCUGGAAAAUAUUACGAUGUCGAUGGUGUUGCUGGAUUUCAGCCAGAACGAUUCCCUACUGGUUCGCAAUCUAUCACUCAAGUAAAUUUUGCAAAUUUGCAAACUACAUUACGCCAUGAUAGCCUUCUUGACUAUGGAGCUGACAUUGAAGACCCACCAGCACAAGCAUUAGUUACCAGCUUUGCUGCUCAGUCCAGUACUUUAGAAGCUAGUCUAAUUGCUACCAACCUACAAAACGUAGCGGAUGGGCAUUUAAAUUACGCCUACUUAUUUCCGUCCCUUAUUACCAACAGUAACAGUGUUUAA